AUGACUGACAUGAGGCGCCACUCCGUCUCCGUGGAUGUCCCACUGUCAAGAACCCUGGUGCAGCUCAAGCGAGUGAGGUCGCUGCGGGAUCCAGCAACAAACUCUAUGAGCAAGUAUGCAUCUCCUUCUGACAGUAUGAUCUGGGAGACUGCUUCUAGCAAUGGAGCGAUGAUGGAAGGAAGCAGGUCAGCACACCAUCAUUUGAUUGAAGAGGAUGUGGAUUUGGAAGCCGAAGCUACCAUGGGGUCAGAGCGAAGCUUCCGGGCACCAAAUGCAAGAACUGCAUCUUACAGGAAAUCUUCAGUUGUUAGGAUCAGAGGCUUCAACCCACCAAGAAACAAGCAAGUUCAUCGUGUCCGCGGGGAUGGUCACAGGAAAUCGGUGUAUUCUAACCACUCUAAUCAUAGCUCCCUUCGGCAGUUGGCAAACAAUAUAGUAACCAACGUGGUGGAGGAGAAGGAAGAGGAGGAGGUGAAUUCCUAUGAACGGGCACAUCUCGCUUUGCCAGAGAAGAGCGAGGAAGAAGUGAAAAGGCGUUCCAAAUUCAAGGGCAAGUCUUCUGCUGCAAUGAGCCGCGUUGGCAGCCCUUGUAUGUCUGCCAGUGAAGCGCGCUCAGUUGGGUCCAGAAGAAGCACAGUAGGGCAUGGAACUGAGGACACACGAGUGAGGUCGAAUGAUGUUGUAGGAUCAAACUUCAGUGGAUGCGGUAUAAGCUACUGCUGGUCAGGAGCAUCAAAGUACCGCGAUCUUUAUUCCGAUAGUGAUGGUCCAGAGCAACCUCUCCUAUCCCCAGAGGGGACUGAGGUACCGUUCCAAGAAAAUGUACCAUACACCGAGACACCAAGGUGUUUAAGCCAAAAAUUUCGCCCUCGAUCAUUCAGUGAACUGAUUGGCCUCAAUGUGGUUGCUCAGUCCCUAUUGUAUUCCUCUUGCAAAGGAAAGAUUGCUCCAAUGUACUUGUUCCAUGGCCCCCGGGGUACAGGCAAGACGUCUACGGCACGCAUUUUUGCUGCCGCUCUAAAUUGCCUCUCUCUCGAAGAGCAAAGGCCAUGUGGGUUCUGUAAAGAGUGUGUCAUUCUCUUCUCUGGGAGGAGCAGGGACGUAAAAGAAAUUGAUGCAGCAAAAAUGGAUCAUUUGGGCCGCGUAAAGGCACUUCUCAAGAGUGCAUCUCUUGUCCCAUACUCGUCACGCUUCAAGGUUUUCAUAGUUGAUGAAUGCCAUCUGUUGCUAGAAGAUGCCUGGUCGGCAAUAGUGAAGAGUCUUGAUGAGCCAUACCGGCAUGCUGUCUACAUUAUGAUUACUUCUGAUCUAGAUAGCUUGCCUCGCACUUCCGUCACACAUUGCCAGAAGUUCCAUUUUCCAAAGAUAAAGGUUGCAGAUAUUGUCAACAGGUUGGAGAGAAUCUGCGUAGAUGAAGGGUUAGAAUUUGACCAUGAUGCGUUGCACUUCAUUGCUGCAAAGUCUAAUGGUUCUCUUAGAGACGCUGAAAUAAUGCUGGAUCAACUUAGUUUGCUUGGGAAGAGGGUCACGAUUUCUCUUGUGCAUGAACUUGUAGGAUUGGUUUCUGAUGAUGAGUUGAUUGAGUUGCUUGAUCUAGCACUGUCAUCGGACACAACCAAUACAGUUAGACGAGCUCGGGAACUUAUGGCGUCGUCAGUUGAUCCCCUGCAGCUGGUCUCUCAGCUGGCAAACCUUAUUAUGGACAUUCUCUCAGGACGAUGCCAAUCUGCGGUAACAGAAGUCAGCAAAAGUUUCUUGGGAAGAUAUGCGUUGGCAGAUGUUGGUAUAGAGAAACUAAGACAUGCACUCAAAAUACUGUCAGAAACUGAAAAACAGUUGAGGACAUCAAGAAAUAAGGCAACUUGGGUUACUGUUGCACUUUUGCAGUUUGGCAGUUCUGAAUCUGACAUAGUAGCAGAAACAAAUGACAUGCAUGCACGCUCAGCAACAGGAUAUACAGAUGACUGGGUAUCCAAGGUAAACUCAAGCUCCAAUUUCUGCGAUGCGUGUAACAGCAAUAAGUCCAACUGUUCCGAGAGACACUGUAGACGGCUUAAGCUUGAAAACAUCUGGAGGAGAGCCACUGGGAAGUGUCAAUCAAGAUCAGCCAGAAGUUUCCUCAAGAAAGAAGGAAUCCUAUCAUCAGUCCAUGUUACCGAAGGUAAUUCAGAGGUGGCUAUAGCUGAAGUUGGAUUUAGUCACCCGGAUCACCUAUCAAGGGCAGAGAAAAUGCAAAGCCUGAUACAAGGAGUACUGCAGCACGUUCUCGGGUUCAAUGUGGAGGUUAGAUUCAAACUUGUCCCGUGUGCAGCGAGGAAAGAUGCAAGGUCAAAGAGACACUCAUUCAACCUGCUCGGCUGCUCGGGACGAAAGCAAGAGCUGUCAGAUUCCACAGUGACAGAUGAGGAUGAACCUGUGAGGCUUGGAGCAAGAGAAACACCUCACAAAGGCUACUCCUCUAGUCAGCAGCCAUCGCCAUUCAUCGUGCAACGUGUUGAUUCUAAGCCAACAGUUCAUGGCUCCGAGGACGAUGCCCGGAGCACCUUGACAUCAAACAGAUCCAUGACUGAUGACCUGACAAGGACAUGUAGGUCGGAGACUAACUACUCCAAGGGCGCAAGUGAGCAGGGUCGUUUCGACAGCAUCCAGGAGCCUGACCUUCAGCCGAAUUGCUUCUCACGAACAUUGAAGCUGCAAAAGAGGUUCUUCUCGUCAGAUGCAGCACACACAAUCUGCUUCAGGAUCCAGCCACACAACAAAAUGGGUUUCCUACCUAAGAAAGAAUAUACAUAUUUCUGCACAUAUGGGCCGUAUGAGCAGUGUCCAAGAUCGAAUUCAAGAGCUACUUACGGUUCGAGAGAUGAGGACUUGUCCAUCAAGACUUCUUCUGGGUUUGGUUCGAACCUGCUCUGCUGGAAGGGCCCUAAACAGUCAAUCUAA